GAACCUGUGGGGCGCCUGCCACUCCACACAGCCAUCAUGGGGACAUUUAAACUAAUACCAACUGAGCUGCUAAUUUGGAUAACCCUAUCUAUUGAAUUGGCUGCAGCACAAACUACAUUCCCCACAACGGUCAACAUCAUCGAACCAGUGGCUACGACGCAGAUGUUUGCAGGAUUAACCUCCGCACACAAUCACAAGGUCUGCAGCACAUGGGGUAACUACCAUUUCAAAACCUUUGAUGGAGACGUCUUCCAGCUCCCGUCCACCUGCAACCACAUCCUGACCAAGCUGUGUGGGAGCAGUUAUGAGACCUUUAACAUUCAGCUGAGGCGCCAGAUACAGAACAACGAGCCCACCAUCAGCAAAAUCACCAUGAAGCUAGACGGCACAGUGGUGGAGCUGACCAAAGGCUCCAUAGUUGUCAAUGGCCAAACGGAAGAAGCUCCAUUCCUCGGCUCUGGAGUUUUCAUUGAGGCGACCAGCACAUACAUCAUAAUCAAAGCUACACUGGGGAUAACAGCCUUGUGGAAUGAAGACGAUGCCUUCAUGGUUGAAUUGGAUCCAAAGUUCAGAAAUCAGACGUGUGGACUUUGUGGCGACUUCAACGAAAUUCCGACUUACAAUGAGUUUAUUAAGGAUGGUGUGCUGCUCUCUACUUCCACUUAUGGAAGUCUGUGGAAGAUGGAUGGUCCUACAGAAAUCUGUGAAGAGGAGCCUGAGAGAGAUAACGUGAACUGUGGAAAUGAGAACUUCUGUCAACAGCUGUUUCUCAGCAAAGCGUUCAGCAGCUGCACUGCUCUCCUAUCAGUCGAACCAUUCGCCAAAGUCUGCGUGGAGGAUCAGUGCCAGUGCAACACAACUGGAGCUUUCUGCCUGUGCAAAACCUUAGCUGAAUACUCUCGCCAGUGUGUUCAUGCAGGAGGAAAGCCUGCAAACUGGAGGACAGAACAGUUCUGCCCAAUGACAUGCCCAGAAAGCAAAGUGUAUAUGGAAUGUGGAAGUCCAUGUAUGGACACCUGCUCUAACCCGCAGAGAGAACAUACGUGUGGAGAACACUGCAUUGAUGGAUGCUUCUGUCCUCCAGGCACUGUCCUUGAUGAUAUAAACAACACUGGAUGUAUACCACUGAGUAACUGCGGCUGCAACCAUGAAGGGAAGGUGUACGCCUCUGGGGAAGGUUAUUCAACUAGCUGCAAAGAAUGUACCUGCUCUGGUGGGACGUGGAACUGUGUGGAAAAAAACUGUCCUGGGACCUGCUCAGUGCAAGGAGGAGCCCACAUCAUAACCUAUGAUGAAAAGCCCUACACGUUUCAUGGAGAUUGCUCCUAUGUCCUGUCCAAGGAAUGCACAGGCACAGAUUUCACAGUUCUGGGAGACCUGAAGAAGUGUGGACUGACCGAUAGUGAGACCUGUUUGAAGGCAGUCACGCUGGCGUUGUCGAAUGGGUCUAAUGUGAUCACAGUGGAUCCGAGUGGAAAUGUUGAGGUCAACAGAAUCUUCACAAAGCUGCCACUUUUUACAGCUGAUGUAAGCAUCUUCAAGCCAUCCUCGUUCUACCUUGUCAUCCAGACAAAGAUCGGGCUUCGCCUGGAGAUCCAGCUCACGCCCAUCAUGCAAGUUUUCAUCACGGCUGAACCAGCAUUUAAAGGACAAACAUGUGGACUUUGUGGCAAUUUCAACAACAUACAGUCAGAUGAAUUCACCACCAUGGGUGGACUCACAGAGGGAACAGCUGUGGACUUUGCCAACACCUGGAAAACAAGAGCGAGUUGCCCUGAUGUCCAGAGGACCUUUGAGAACCCCUGCAGUCUAAGCACUGAAAACGAGAAAUAUGCACAGUAUUGGUGUUCCCUGCUGUCGGAUAAAUCCGGAGUUUUCUCCCCCUGCCAUUCUGAAAUCCAACCUGACACCUACAAAGCAAACUGUAUAUAUGACACCUGUAACUGUGAGAAAACGGAGGACUGCAUGUGCGCUGCUCUGUCAGCCUAUGCACACACGUGUGCUGCUAGGGGGAUACUCAUCACUGGCUGGAGAGACGCUGCCUGUAAAAACUACACCCUGUCCUGUCCCAGCACCAUGGUCUACUCCUACAACAUGACCAGCUGUGACCGUACCUGUCGCUCCCUCGGCCAGCCAGACUAUUCCUGCAGCAUUCCUUUUGAACCAGUAGACGGUUGUGGCUGUGCAGAAGGGACGUACCUGAAUGAUAAUGGCGAAUGUGUGGACGCGGCCAGCUGCCCAUGUUAUGACUCCAACAAAGUGGUCCAGUCUGGCGAAGUCAUUAGCAAAGAUGGCACUGUAUGCACCUGCAAGCAAGGAAAACUGAACUGCAUUGGUGAACCAAAAGGACCAGAAUGCACAGCUCCAAUGACUUUCUUCAACUGCUCCAUUGCUGACCCUGGAAGCAAAGGCUCAGAAUGUCAGAAGAGCUGCCAAACACUGGACAUGGCCUGCAUCAGCACAGGCUGCGUGUCUGGCUGCAUGUGUCCCGCUGGGCUGGUUUUAGAUGCGAACGGUGCGUGCGUUACCGAAGACAGCUGUCCAUGCAUCCAUAAUGGAGUUUUCUACAACUCUGGAGAGACUGUUAAAGUUGACUGUAAUACAUGCACUUGUAAGGACAGAAAAUGGACCUGCACCACAAAUCAAUGCAGUGCAACCUGCAGUGUGUAUGGAGACGGUCAUUACAUAACUUUUGAUGAAAAAAGAUACGUUUUCAAUGGAAACUGUGAAUACACACUUGCUCAGGACUUCUGCAGCAGUAACAGCACUGGAACCUUUAGAAUUAUCACUGAAAACAUUCCCUGCGGAACCACUGGCACAACCUGCUCCAAGGCUAUCAAGUUCUUUGUAGGAAGCAAUGAGCUUGUGCUUUCUGACGGAAGCCACCAGCUGGUCCAGAGAGAUGUGGGUGAAGAAAUCCCCUAUCAGAUUCGCACUAUGGGAAGCUACUUGGUGAUUGAGACCACCAACGGUGUGAUCCUCAUAUGGGACAGGAAAACAAGCAUAUACAUCAAGCUCAGUCCUGAAUUCAGUGGACGUGUAUGCGGUCUAUGUGGAAACUAUGACGGCAGCGCAUCCAAUGACUUUACCACAAGGAGUCAAGAAGUUGUGGUCGAUGCCCUUAGCUUUGGCAAUAGCUGGAAGUUCUCCCCCACUUGUCCAGAGGCCUUGGUUGUCCAAGAUCCAUGUGCCAAUAAUCCCUAUAGGCAGGCAUGGGCACAGAGACAGUGCAGCAUUAUCAAGAGUGAUGUCUUCUCAGCCUGCCAUUCAGAGGUGGAUCCAGCUUCUUUCUACUCUGCUUGUGUGAGUGACGCAUGUGCUUGUGAUACUGGUGGAGACUGCGAGUGUUUCUGCACUGCUGUUGCUUCAUAUGCAGCAGCCUGUAAUGCAGUUGGAGUCUGUGUUGCAUGGAGAACGCCUAAGAUCUGCCCACUUUUCUGCGAUUACUACAACCCUCCUGGGGAGUGUGAGUGGCACUAUAAACCUUGUGGCGCCCCGUGCAUGAAGACGUGCAGGAACCCCAAAGGAACCUGCUCUCACCUGUUACCAGCACUGGAAGGUUGCUAUCCUGAAUGUUCAGCUGAGCAGCCCUUCUUUGAUGAAGAAUCCAUGAAAUGUGUGGCACAGGAUCAGUGUGGCUGCUAUGUUGGAAUGGAUCAUUAUGACAAUGGCCAGACCGUCCCAACUCAAAAGAACUGCGAGACAUGUGUAUGCUCAUCAUAUGGCGUGACCUGCACGUUCGAUGUACAUGCUUGUACAUGCACACAUAAUAAUACUGUGUACCACUACGGAGACAUCAUUUACCACACAACAGAUGGACUGGGAGGCUGCAUUACAGCUAUAUGUGCUGAGAAUGGAAACAUCAAUAAGACAGUGACACCUUGCGAAACCACAACACCACCAACCACAACCCAGAAACCGACGACAACACCAGUGCCUACAACUGUGUUUGUUUUCACCACACCAGAAACGUCAACAGCAACAACAACGUUUGCCACAGAAACCACAGCAUCAUCUAAAGCAUCAACACUGACAAGUACACCAACCCAGGCACCAGUACAAACCACCACUCAGCCUUUCACUGUUAGCAAAUCUACUAAAAUAAUAUCAACAACAGUUGGAUUUACCACCACAACUUCAGAAACAGCCACAACGUCUGAACGUGUUUCAUCCACCACAAAACCACCUAAGGAACAGACCACUGUUUCCACAAGUGCUGCUGAAACUUCUUCCACUACUGCUGUAGUGGAGACAACCACAUCUGUCCAGCCACCAACAGGAACAUCCGCUCCUAGCACAGAGUCUGCAAAACCUAUUGUACCAACCACUACACCAAUCACUUCUACGCAGACAACAGUACGGCCUCCUACAACCGAAGAAUCAACAACCUCUCAUGAAGUUACCACAUCCCCUGAGACAAGUCUGCCAACCACUACAGCUACGAGUACUCUCUACACUGAAAGAACCACAUCACCAGAAACAUCACCACUGACGAGCACAGCUGCUCCAACGACACUGACCCAGAUGCCAGUAGUAACCACCACUCAGCCUUCCACUGUUACCAAAUCCACUGAAACACCAUCAACAACAAUUGUAAUCACCACCAGAAUCGCAGAAACUUCCACUGAGGUUGAGACCACAAUGUCCGAACGUGUUUCAUCCACUACAAAACCACCUAAAGAACAGACCACUGUUUCCACAAGUACUGCUGAAACUUCCUCCACUACGGCUGUUGUGGAGACAACCACAUCUGUCCAGCCAUCAACAGAAACAUCCGCUCCAAGCACAGAGUCCACAAAACCUACUGUAACAACCUCUACACCUAUCACUUCUACGCAGACAACAGCACCUCCUUCUACAACUGAAUUUACUACUGAAGAAGAAUCAACAACCCCUCGUGAAGUUUCUACCACAUCCUCCGUCCCUCCAACAAUUGUAACAUCUCCUGAGACAAGUCUGCCAACCACUACAGCUACAAGUACUCUCUCCACCAAAACAACCACAUCGCCAGAGACAUCACCACUGACAAGCACAGCUGCUCCAACGACACUGACCCAGACGCCAGUAGUAACCACCACUCAGCCUUCCACUGUUACCAAAUCUACUGCAGUACCAUCAACAACAGUUGUAUUUACCACCACAAUCGCAGAAACAUCCACAGAAGUUGAGGCCACAACGUCCGAACGUGUUUCAUCCACUACAAAACCACCUAAGGAACAGACCACUGUUUCCACAAGUACUGCUGAAACUUCCUCCACUACAGCUGUUGUGGAGACAACCACAUCUGUCCAGCCAUCAACAGAAUUAACAAGCAUUGCAACGACAACACGUGAAAUAAUUCUGACUGCAUCCACUGUUACUCCAAAAGUCUCAACUGAAAAACAAGUAAUUCUCACCUCUACAGUGUCAGUAACUCCUACAACAGGGACAUUGCCAGAAACACCUACAACCACGAAAGCUGCUAAAACAGAAGUUUUUACUAGCACUACAUCCACCACACUGGAGACCUCUAUCGCACCUAUAACCCAAACAAUCCCAUACAUUACUCUCACAAUACCUGUAACAACAAAGCCUUUAUCUUCAUCCGCCACUGUAACCACUGAAGAGACGACAGUAGUAACCACCACUCAGCCUUCCACUGUUACCAAAUCUACUGCAGUACCAUCAACAACAGUUGCAAUCACCACCACAAUCGCAGAAACAUCCACAGAAGUUGAGGCCACAACAUCUGAACGUGUUUCAUCCACUACAAAACCACCUAAGGAACAGACCACUGUUUCCACAAGUACUGCUGAAACUUCCUCCACUACGGCUGUUGUGGAGACAACCACAUCUGUCCAGCCAUCAACAGAAACAUCCGCUCCAAGCACAGAGUCUGCAAGACCUACUGUAACAACCUCUACACCAAUCACUUCUACGCAGACAACAGCACCUCCUUCUACAACCGAAUUUACUACUCAAGAAGAAUCAACAACCCCUCGUGAAGUUUCUACCACAUCUUCCGUCCCUCCAACAAUUGUAACAUCUCCUGAAACAAGUCUGCCAACCACUACAGCUACAAGUACUCUCUCCACCGAAACAACCACAUCGCCAGAGACAUCACCACUGACAAGCACAGCUGCUCCAACAACACUGACCCAGGUGCCAGUAGUAACCACCACUCAGCCGUCCACUGUUACCAAAUCUACUGCAGUACCAUCAACAACAGUUGCAAUCACCACCACAAUCGCAGAAACAUCCACAGAAGUUGAGGCCACAACAUCUGAACGUGUUUCAUCCACUACAAAACCACCUAAGGAACAGACCACUGUUUCCACAAGUACUGCUGAAACUUCCUCCACUACGGCUGUUGUGGAGACAACCACAUCUGUCCAGCCAUCAACAGAAACAUCCGCUCCAAGCACAGAGUCUGCAAGACCUACUGUAACAACCUCUACACCAAUCACUUCUACACAGACAACAGCACCUCCUUCUACAACUGAAUUUACUACUGAAGAAGAAUCAACAACCCCUCGUGAAGUUUCUACCACAUCCUCCAUCCCUCCAACAAUUGUAACAUCGCCUGAGACAAGUCUGCCAACCACUACAGCUACAAGUACUCUCUCCACCGAAACAGCCACAUCCCCAGAAACAUCACCACUGACAAGCACAGCUGCUCCAACGACACUGACCCAGACGCCAGUAGUAACCACCACUCAGCCUUCCACUGUUACCAAAUCUACUGCAGUACCAUCAACAACAGUUGUAUUUACCACCACAAUCGCAGAAACAUCCACAGAAGUUGAGACCACAACGUCUGAACGUGUUUCAUCCACGACAAAACCACCUAAAGAACAGACCACUGUUUCCACAAGUACUGCUGAAACUUCCUCCACUACUGCUGUUGUGGAGACAACCACAUCUGUCCAGCCAUCAACAGAAACAUCCAUGCCAAGCACAGAAUCCACACAACCUAUCGUAACAACCUCUACACCAAUCACUUCUACGCAGACAACAGCACCUCCUUCUACAACUGAAUUUACUACUGAAGAAGAAUCAACAACCCCUCGUGAAGUUUCUACCACAUCCUCCAUCCCUCCAACAAUUGUAACAUCGCCUGAGACAAGUCUGCCAACCACUACAGCUACAAGUACUCUCUCCACCGAAACAGCCACAUCGCCAGAAACAUCACCACUGACAAGCACAGCUGCUCCAACGACACUGACCCAGGCGCCAGUAGUAACCACCACUCAGCCUUCCACUGUUACCAAAUCUACUGCAGUACCAUCAACAACAGUUGUAUUUACCACCACAAUCGCAGAAACAUCCACAGAAGUUGAGACCACAACGUCUGAACGUGUUUCAUCCACGACAAAACCACCUAAAGAACAGACCACUGUUUCCACAAGUACUGCUGAAACUUCCUCCACUACGGCUGUUGUGGAGACAACUACAUCUGUCCAGCCAUCAACAGAAACAUCCGCUCCAAGCACAGAGUCUGCAAGACCUACUGUAACAACCUCUACACCAAUCACUUCUACGCAGACAACAGCACCUCCUUCUACAACUGAAUUUACUACCGAAGAAGAAUCGACAACCCCUCGUGAAGUUUCCACCACAUCCUCCGUCCCUCCAACAAUUGUAACAUCUCCUGAGACAAGUCUGCCAACCACUACAGCUACAAGUACUCUCUCCACCGAAACAGCCACAUCGCCAGAAACAUCACCACUGACAAGCACAGCUGCUCCAACGACACUGACCCAGAUGCCAGUAGUAACCACCACUCAGCCUUCCACUGUUACCAAAUCCACUGAAACACCAUCAACAACAGCUGCAAUCACCACCACAAUCGCAGAAACAUCCACAGAAGUUGAGGCCACAACAUCCGAACGUGUUUCAUCCACUACAAAACCACCUAAGGAACAGACCACUGUUUCCACAAGUACUGCUGAAACUUCCUCCACAACGGCUGUUGUAGAGACAACCACAUCUGUCCAGCCAUCGACAGAAACAUCCGCUCCAAGCACAGAGUCUGCAAGACCUACUGUAACAACCUCUACACCAAUCACUUCUACGCAGACAACAGCACCUCCUUCUACAACUGAAUUUACUACUGAAGAAGAAUCGACAACCCCUCGUGAAGUUUCUACCACAUCUUCCGUCCCUCCAACAAUUGUAACAUCUCCUGAGACAAGUCUGCCAACCACUACAGCUACAAGUACUCUCUCCACCGAAACAGCCACAUCACCAGAGACAUCACCACUGACAAGCACAGCUGCUCCAACGACACUGACCCAGGCACCAGUAGUAACCACCACUCAGCCUUCCACUGUUACCAAAUCCACUGAAAUACCAUCAACAACAGCUGUAAUCACCACCACAAUCGCAGAAACAUCCACAGAAGUUGAGGCCACAACAUCCGAACGUGUUUCAUCCACUACAAAACCACCUAAGGAACAGACCACUGUUUCCACAAGUACUGCUGAAACUUCCUCCACAACAGCUGUUGUAGCGACAACCACAUCUGUCCAGCCAUCAACAGAAACAUCCGCUCCAAGCACAGAGUCUGCAAGACCUACUGUAACAACCUCUACACCAAUCACUUCUACGCAGACAACAGCACCUCCUUCUACAACUGAAUUUACUACUGAAGAAGAAUCGACAACCCCUCGUGAAGUUUCUACCACAUCUUCCGUCCCUCCAACAAUUGUAACAUCUCCUGAGACAAGUCUGCCAACCACUACAGCUACAAGUACUCUCUCCACCGAAACAGCCACAUCACCAGAGACAUCACCACUGACAAGCACAGCUGCUCCAACGACACUGACCCAGGCACCAGUAGUAACCACCACUCAGCCUUCCACUGUUACCAAAUCUACUGCAGUACCAUCAACAACAGUUGUAUUUACCACCACAAUCGCAGAAACAUCCACAGAAGUUGAGACCACAACGUCCGAACGUGUUUCAUCCACUACAAAACCAUCUAAGGAACAGACCACUGUUUCCACAAGUACUGCUGAAACUUCCUCCACUACGGCUGUUGUGGAGACAACCACAUCUGUCCAGCCAUCAACAGAAACGUCCGCUCCAAGCACAGAGUCUGCAAGACCUACUGUAACAACCUCUACACCAAUCACUUCUACGCAGACAACAGCACCUCCUUCUACAACUGAAUUUACUACUCAAGAAGAAUCAACAACUCCUCGUGAAGUCUCUACCACAUCCUCCAUUCCUCCAACAAUUGCAACAUCGCCUGAGACAAGUCUGCCAACCACUACAGCUACAAGUACUCUCUCCACCGAAACAGCCACAUCCCCAGAAACAUCACCACUGACAAGCACAGCUGCUCCAACAACACUGACCCAGACGCCAGUAGUAACCACCACUCAGCCUUCCACUGUUACCAAAUCUACUGCAGUACCAUCAACAACAGUUGUAUUUACCCCCACAAUCGCAGAAACAUCCACAGAAGUUGAGACCACAUCGUCUGAACGUGUUUCAUCCACAACAGAACCACCUAAAGAACAGACCACUGUUUCCACAAGUACUGCUGAAACUUCCUCCACUACAGCUGUUGUGGAGACAACCACAUCUAUCUCAACGUCAACAAGCGUUUCAAAGACAACACAUGAAGUAAUCAUCACUGCAUCUACUGUACCUCUGAGAGUCUCAACUGAACCGCAAGUAAUUCCCACUUCUACUGCACAUGUCUGUUGCUUUGUGAAUGGCACAGAUUUUCAACCAGGAGAAAUAAUUUAUAAUGUAACUGAUGGCUUUGGGUGGUGCUUUAGUGCAUUCUGCAAUGCCACAUGUAAUGUUGAGAAGAAGGCAUAUUCCUGUGCUACAACUCCGCCCCCUCAGAAAACCACCACAGAAUCUAGCACCACAACAGUUACUUCCGCCACUUCAGUUACAGUACAGCCAACAACAUCCCCUUCCACAAGUAUUUCCAGCACAGCACCACCGUCUACAACUACAAGUUCAGAUUGUUCCAAUCUUGAUCCACCUAGAAAGAAUGGUGAAACCUGGAAUGUGGAUAACUGCACCACAGCAACAUGUACUGAUGGCAAAGUCGACUACAUACCACACAAGUGUCCUCCAGUUGAUGAACCAACAUGUGCAAAUGGCCGAAGCCCUGUAAAGGUCUACGAUGAAUCUGGCUGCUGCUUUAAAUAUGUUUGUGAAUGCUCUUGUAGUGGAUGGGGUGGCUCUCAUUAUCUGACAUUUGACGGAAUUUCGUACACAUUCAGUGAUAAUUGCGCAUACAUUUUGGUCCAAGACGUUCUCAGUCCAAGUCUGCAAAUCGUCCUUAACAAGCACUGCAGUGGCGGGAGCUCAUUCUGUCCACAGAGCAUGAUCAUUACGUACAAAUCCCAGGAGGUUGUUCUGACCCAGGCGGAGACUGACGGUGUUGUCACCAAUGUGGUUGUGGUGGACAACAAACGAGUCUAUCCUGCUUUCAAGAACGCUAAAUUUGUCAUUUCAAGCACAGGCGUGGAGAUCGUUGUUGAGAUUCCAGAAAUUCAGGUUCAAGUGACCUACACAGGCUCCACAUUUAACAUUGACUUGCCCUACUCAGUGUUCCACAACAACACAGUGGGUCUGUGUGGUACCUGCGAUAACAACAAACAAAAUGACUGCCAGACACCCUCUGGUCAAACUGGGUCUUGCCACGAAACGGCUCCUGACUGGCAGAUUCCUGGUGACCACUGCGUAUCUACAACCACUCCCACUCCUGUUAGCACUACUAGUGUGCCUGAAACUUCACCCACAACGUGCAAGCCAUCUAUCUGCGAGCUCAUCUACGGCAGAGUGUUCGAGGAGUGCCGCAAAGCCAUUCCUCCUGAGCCUUAUGUAGAUGGCUGCAAACUCGACGAGUGCAUUACACAGGUCUCUGGCUGUACAAGCCUGCAGGCCUACGCAUCCGCCUGCGCUAAGGAGGGCAUCUGUGUGGAAUGGAGGAACUACACCAAUGGGGAAUGCGAGGUCAAAUGUCCUGCCACUAAAGUCUACAAAGCCUGUGGCCCAGCUGUGGAGCCAACCUGCAAUGCUCAGUAUAACGCGAAGUAUCAGGACCUGAUUGAGAGCAACAGCACAGGCAUGAAGGAGGGAUGCUUCUGUGAGCCAGGCACCAUCCAGUUCAGCACAUCCUCUGAUGUCUGCGUCACCUCCUGCGCUUGCACAGGCCCUGAUGGGAGUCCCAAAAUGCCGAAUGACACUUGGCAGAAUGGCUGCCAGAUGUGUGAGUGUGAUGGCGACACUCUGAGUGUUCAGUGUAAGGCAAUCACGUGCCCCACCACACCAACCCCCGUCUGUGAUAAGAAUGGUGAAGUCAUUGUCAACAAAACGGAUGGAUGCUGCCAGAGCUAUGAAUGCGAGUGUGAUGUGAGCCAGUGCAUUCAUCCAACAAUGGGCUGCUCUCUGGGUUUCACAAUAUCUGUAGAAACACCUGCCGGAGCCUGCUGUCCUGAGUACACCUGCAAGCCUAUGGAUGUCUGCGUCGAUGGCACAACAGUGUAUCAGCCGGACUCCCCCAUGCCCAGUGACGACGUGUGCAAGAGCUGCAAGUGUGGCUCCACUGUGGAUCCUUCAACCGAGUUGCUCACCCCAGAGUGCGUGAUAAUUGACUGCAACCCUAACUGUGCAGCGGGUUACGAGUACAAGCCUGUGGCCGGUCAGUGCUGUGGACAGUGUGUCAGGACCAGCUGUGUGAUAGUGAUUGAUAACGUCACCUACACCAUCGCAGUGAAUGAAACGUGGUCCUCACCUCAAAAUAAAUGUGUCAAGUACAUGUGUGAAAAUAUCAAUGGUGAGCCAGUGACAGUAGAGACCAAGACCACCUGUCCAGCUUUCAACCCAGACGACUGCGUCUCCGGAACAGAGCAGACUGACGCUGAUGGCUGCUGCUCAAGCUGUGCACUGAAAAGCAAAUGCAACGUCCAAAAGAACAGCACCGUCCUGGUUAAUAAUGGCUGCACCAGCGCUACUGCGGUAGAUUUGACAUACUGUGAAGGAAGCUGCGGAACGUUCUCCAUGUACUCUGCACAGUCCAGUUCUCUGAUGCACUCGUGCUCUUGCUGCCAGGAGCAGAGCACCAGCAAGAAAGAAGUGGAGCUGCUCUGCCCUGAUGGGUCAAAGGUCAGCUACUCGUACGUCUACAUCGAGUCCUGCGGCUGCCAGAAGAUAGACUGUCCGUCCACCGGGAGACGCAGAAGGAGACGGUGAACUCUGAGCCCGCUAGAAU